AUGGACGUCGUCCAUUUGCCCGAGGACGACGUUGAAACUUUCCAAAAAUUCAUCGCUGUCAUCUGCACAGACGACUACAACGAUGGUCUUGUGUGCAACCAAGAUAGUGACGUAGACAGCAUAAUGAUGCAGGUGAUGCUCGAGUCCGCAAAGCUGUACUGCAUGGCCGACAAACUCCCGGCAGAGGACUUCAAAAGGGCAGCCGUAAAGCGCCUGAGACAUGUCGUCGACUGGUUCGGAUGCAAGGUUGACCUUGACAAACACCAUUUAAAAAUGCUCAAGGUCCUCGAGGUGCUGGACAAGAUGAUCGAGCUCAUCUACACCAAGACUGCACGAGAAGACGUCGAGUUCAAAGAACGCCUGUGCUGGCUGUUUUCUCGGCAGCUGACCGAUCAGCACCUUUGGGUCUCGGUUUUGCCCAUCUUUCAGCGGUAUUGGGAUUUCCACAUGGGCGUCAUGGCUUACAUCUGCAAGUCUGCCGUGGUCUGUCUCAAAUGUCAAAAGUCCUCGACGACUCGCGUGGUCAUGAUGGCACCCCAGUACGCCAUUUGUGGGUGCUUUGUCUGCCAAAGGACUCGUAGGAUCACCAAGAGAUUUCUCCGCUGA